AGUAUUGACCGCUUUAUCCUACAGUACUCCUUAUAAGUGUAACAGGUUCUACUGACAGAACUGUUCUGAAGGGGGAUGAGUGAUGACGUCUGUGGUGCUGGUAGACAGUGGAGGGACAGUACUGCAGUAUGUCACCGCAGUGGAGGAUGUACACCAGGAGGAGGAGGAAGGUGUCUAUGAGGAGGGUGUGUGUGAGGUUGAAGAAGUGUGUGAGGUAGAAGGAGUGUGUGAGGAUGUAUGUGAGGUAGAGGGAGUGGUGUAUGAAGAGGAGGAGGAAUGUUCACCUGCGCAGGUGUAUGUAUACGAGGAGAACACGGAGCUGAUGCAGGGUGUCGCCGAAGAACAGGAGGUUGUGACUGAACUAGUGGAAUCAGUGGAAGCAUCAGUACAUGGAGGUUCAGGUAUUUACUGCUCUGAUAAAACCAUCGAAGCAGCUGAAGCUCUUCUGCACAUGGACUCACCGUCCAGUCUUCAUGGAGACAGGAGUCCAGAAGUGUUUGUUCCUCCAUGCGUGUCCACUCCCGAGUUCCUGCAUGCAGCAAUGCGCCCUGAUGUGGUCACGGAGACUGUAGUGGAGGUCAGCACAGAGGAGGAGGAACCUAUGGUCACCUUAAUUAAAGAGCCCAGAAGCAUUGAGAGAGACAACAGGAGAAAGAAAACUGGCAGAAAGCCCAAAACCCACUCCAUCUCUGACAGAUCUUCAGAUCUAGGCAUCAAGAAGAAGCCCAGGGAGGGUAAAGGUAGUACGUACCUGUGGGAGUUCCUGCUGGACUUGCUGCAGGAUAAGAACACCUGUCCCAGGUACAUCAAGUGGACCCAGAGGGAGAAGGGCAUCUUUAAAUUGGUGGACUCCAAAGCCGUGUCCAAAUUGUGGGGCAAACACAAGAACAAACCCGACAUGAACUACGAGACCAUGGGACGGGCUCUCAGGUACUAUUAUCAGAGAGGAAUUCUGUCAAAAGUUGAAGGUCAGCGGUUGGUUUACCAGUUCAAGGAGAUGCCCAAAGACAUUGUUAUUAUUGAUGAUGAUAAAUGUGACUCUGAUGAUCUUGGUGGGGCUUACGACCACGUCAUGGCCUCUGACUUUUCUAAAACCUCUGGCAUUUUGAGAGGGGCAGGAACAACUGUGAUAAGCCCCACCUCUCCUAACGCCAAGGCCUCACCUGCUGCCACACAAAUUCAGCACCUGGUUACAGUUUCUACAGCUACUGAGCAAUCACACGCCACAGUUAUUUCUAACACCAAUCCUCCUAGGACGGUCCGAGUAGCAAUGCAAGUCCCGGUUGUUAUGACGACGCCCCUGGGUCAGAAGAUCGCGCCGGUCGCCGUCCCAGCGGCGACUUCACCUUCCAUUGGCAUCCCCACGUUGACGGGAAGCUCCGCCCCUAAGGUUCUCAUCCAGACAGUUCCUACAUUGGAAAACCGCGAUAAAAUCACACUGCAGCUCGCCAAAAUCAUCACCAUCACGCCAAUCACGCUGGCACUGCCCCCCGGUACAAACCCCGCCUCUGUUUCAGCUACCCUUCCAGUUCAGUUACACAUUCAGUCUAAAGCAGAUGGACAAACGAAGCACUUGCAAACCAAACCUGUUCAUCAGGAAGGUGGGACACGUGCACAUGAAGCAACGAUCGCGUAUGUGCAAAGCUAAGGACAGUCACGCACCAACCCCAAUCAUUUUGUUAGCCAAUCAGGAUUCAGCUGGCUUGGAAAGUAACUCUGUACAGUUUUACACAAUGUAGUUUUUGUAAAUAUACACACAGGAAAUGCUGUGUAAGGAAUUUAUCGAUGCUGUAGGAGGGACCAGUGAGUACUACAGCCAUCUAUAAACAACACUAACACAACACUACACUACACACACACACUGACUGAAGCACAUGUGAACUAGUGUACAUAAUUUUGAUACUAUGUAGAGAUAUUUCUCUUUUUUUUCUGUCAAUUUUUUGCAUUUUCGAUGCAAAACCAGCAAUUACAUUUGAACUGCCACUGUGAUGUCACAUGAGCAAGGGAGUGAAGUGUGAAACGAACCGUCAGUGGGAGAAAAAGGGAGAGCGAUCGAGCUAGAAAAAGGGAAUAAAAGGGUGAUAAUUGAAGAGGAUGGAAAAGUACCAGAAAGGGAAUGUGCAAGACUGGAGUUUAUAUCCACUUGUAUGGUUGUUUUAUUGCAGGUCUGGGAUUUCAAAAAUAAUCUGCAGCCAUUCUUUUUCUGUGACUGUAUAAUUGAAACAAAUUUAAGUGUUUUCUUACUUAGUAAAAAUACACACAGUAACUUAAUUUGCUGAUGUAACAGUGGGCUUGUAUAAAUAUAAAAUGGACUUCUGAACUCCCGGGUUCGAGGCUCGGUGUUGUCACCGGUCGGCUGUGCGCCAUCUGGCGGGCAUAGUUGGCAGUGCCUGCAGCAGAUACUAAUUGGCCGCCGUAUCUGCAGGGUGGGGAC